GAUAUUUAUCUCCCAUUCAUUAUCCAUAAAUAUGUUCAUUAAUGUUAUUUAAGGGUAUACAAAUUGUAUGGAAUUUACAUAUUCAACAUGUACUUUUGUACAAUUUUUAAUCUGGUCAGAUAGAGACAAAUGUAGGAUUUGAUUAUAUACUAUACGAUUUUCUAUAUUCAUUAUUUUUUUCUGAAAACGUAAGAAGAGACUGUCGAAAGUCUGUUUUAUCCAUGAAAAAAGUCAGACGCACAUUUGUAAAGUAUCAAAGAUCAGUAGUUCAAGGGCAAAGAAGUUAUUAUUCCUAAAUGAGACAUCGAUUUUAAAGUGCCGUUAUAUAGAGUUCAACAAAUCAUACGUAAAUAAAUAUUCUCUGAUAAUAAAGCAUAUAAAUAAGCAAAGAAAUACAGCAUGAUCAAGAGACACGUAUUACUUUCCACAUAGGUUAUAAAAUGUCAACCGGACAAGGAACAGAAAUAGACAUGAAUUUAUUCAGCCACGUUGAGAUUCAGAAAAAAAAUGAUUGCGCGUAAUCAUAUAAAAAUUUAUAUAAUUAAAUCCAAACUGUGUACCUUGAUCAGAUGUUAAAUUUUUCAAAAAAUACGCUACGAAAAUGUAAAUUCUAUACAAAUGAUAUUUCCCAUAUUAUUUGUAACCCAUUCGCGGGUAAUAAUAUUCCUUGGUUAUAUUAUUUAUACAGAAUUUACAUUUUCACAGUAAAUUCUUGUAAAAUUUUAGUUCUUAUGAAACAUGAGCAGGAUACAGAUAAAAUUUGGAUCUAAAAUCAUAUUUUUCCUGGAUAUUCGAGUAUUUCAUCGUAUACAAUACAUAUUGAAUUCGAAUAAUUAACGUACUGAAUCUUAUUACAAUUACAUAUACUGUUAUCAUGGUCAUUGAACUUCACGAGUGGCGAUGUUUGUAUUUUACUUGAAUUUUCCAGGAAGACAGGACAGUUUUACAUCACAGUUUUAUAGGUUAGGAGCAACAGUCAGCAUGGUCGAGUCCGCGCAAUCCGCGCAGCUGCACUAGGCAGUCAGUAUCUGCUUUUGAACGUCGACCUCGACUAUACUAUACGUUUGUAGCAGAAGAAUAGAAUAUCAUAGGAAGACGCCGUAACGGUUGGACGUUUCUAUCGAGCGCUGUGAUCGAAAGGAACUGACUACGAUAUAGUCCACAUCUCAUCGUUCAGAUGGCAAAUUCCGCUACCUUAGGAUGGAUCGAUUAUUUGGUAAUAGCACUGAUGCUUUGCAUAAGCUCGGGCAUCGGUUUAUAUUACAGACUAACUGGCGGUCGUCAACGGACAUAUGAGGAAUAUUUCAAUGCCAAUAGGUCAAUGAGUAUAUUACCUGUGGGCAUUGCGCUGAUGGUUUCAUUUAUGUCGGCGAUCACGCUACUGGGUGUUUCAGCCGAAAAUUAUACCUAUGGCACUCAGUUUGUCAUAGUAAAUCUUGCCUACCUCAUAGGAACUCCCGUAGUCUGCUACGGAUUCUUUCCAGUUUUUUAUAAGCUUCAAGCGACUAGCGCUUACGAGUAUUUGGAAAAAAGAUUUGGAGUCGGCGCCAGAUUAACUGCCAGCUUCAUAUACUCGAUUCAAAUACUUUUAUACUCAGGCGUUGUACUUUAUGCACCGGCCUUGGCUUUGGAAGCCACUACAGGUCUUUCCAAAACUGGAAGUAUUAUUAUUAUCGGCCUGGUUUGCGCUUUCUACUCAAGUGUCGGCGGUAUCAAAGCUGUACUGAUAACCGACGUCUUUCAAGGUGCACUCAUGUUCAUCGCCUUAUUCGUCAUCAUUGGUGUCGCUGCUAAUGCCGUUGGUGGUUUAGGCGAAAUUUGGAGAAUUGCCUACGAGGGUGGUCGAAUUCAAUUCGACAGUGUUUCUAUCGACCCGACCGUAAGACACACUUGGUGGGGACAAAUGAUUGGUGGUAUCUUCACAUACUUAUCGCUUUAUGGCGUUAAUCAAGUUCAGGUGCAACGUAUGUUAACAGUGAGGAAUCUAAAAUCGGCUCAGAUUGCCAUGUGGCUAAACUGGCCAAUUCUUGCGUUCUUAUCCAUCUGUACAUGCUUUUCCGGAUUGGCCAUUUAUAGUAAAUAUUACAAUUGCGAUCCGGUUAGCGAAGGAAGGAUCAGCUCUACCGAUAUGUUGAUGCCGCUUUACGUUAUGGAUACGAUGUCGCAUAUUCCUGGACUACCUGGAUUAUUCGUUGCAGGUAUUUUUAGUGCCGGACUCAGUACCAUAUCAGCUGGACUAAAUUCUCUGUCAGCGGUUACAUUGGAAGACUAUAUAAAGCCAUUAUAUAAAAGAUGCGUUGGUUAUGACUUUCCGUUAUCCAAAUCUAUACUCCUUGGAAAGUUGUUGGCUUUCCUCUUUGGACUAGCUUGCAUCGCCGUGGCCUUCUUGGCCCAGUAUUUGGGCGGUAUUCUUCAGGGAUCGUUAACUAUUUUUGGAGUUGUUGGUGGUCCACUUUUGGGCAUGUUCACCUUGGGUAUGGUCAGUCAAACAGCAACGCAACGUGGAACCAUUACAGGCUGCUUGGUAGCACUUACAUUUUCAUUAUGGAUUGCUUUCGGGCAACCGAGACCAGCAACACCGAAAUUACCAGUAACUACGGAUGGGUGUAAUGCUACCGUAAGUAGGAAUCAGACAUUCAGUGCAAUCCAACAAGCCAUCUCACAUACAAAGGCGGAGAACACCGACGAUUCCUCGUAUUUCUAUCUUUAUCGACUAUCGUACAUCUGGUACAGUGCCAUUGGAUUUUUAAUAACUGUCGUAGUUGGAUUACUUGUCAGUAAUUUAGCUCGAAUCGUUUUGAAAGAAGAAAAGGAAAAAUUGAAUCCGGAUUUAUUUUUUACAAUCAUUGGCAAUCGUAUGCGGAAUAGAGAGAAAUCCCCACGCGAGGACAAUGGAUUAUCGAUUAUAGAUCUUGAAGUACAAAAGAAGUUGACGUUUAAUGGUAGAGAGCGGCAGGAGAGAGAACAGGGAAAUGAUAAUACCAGUUUCUAGCGUUUAUGGUCUUUACGUCGUUUAUGGUUGGUCAUAUGACGUAUUAGAUUUGGAUAUUUUGUAUGUAGAAUUGAACAAGAUUCUCAAAGUUAUCAAACAAAUCGGUAACGUGUUUCACAAUUGGUAUUAUUUGUCGGCAUUCUUUAUAUAGUAAUUAAGGGACCACCACGCACGCCUUCGCCAUUCUGUCAUUACUAAAAAAAAUAUCUGGAUCUUGCAAUUAACACUAUAAGAACUGUCGUACGUUUCGCAAGGUCGAAUUCAGAAAUAAAUUUCACUCAUCAGUACAGAGAGGUUUGUGUCUAUCUCAUAAUGAAUUUUAGUAGAAUUGUUUUAUCACCUAUCGUACAAACAAUUUUACCGAGUACUUAGUUAAUAUAUACAUAUACGUAAACAAUAAAAAAUCGAAUUUUAUACAAAAUCCGCAGACUGAUAGUGGAUUUGGUUAAUUGAUACAGAUACUACAUAAUAAAUCUAUAUUUCUUGAAA